UUCUCCACUCUUCAUUCUUCCCUUUCUGCUCCCCAGCCCACAAGCCCUUCGUCAUGUCUAAUGCUUUCACCUUCCUCACAAGGAACCCUCUCUUCCCUUACCACCGUUGUCUAAUUAGACCCGCUGAAGCCGUCAAUGUUGCCGCUGGAAAGCGUAAGGCUGAAGAGCAAGCUGCACCCAUAACUACGAAGCGCUCGGUCGCCUCGAGUUCAUCCUCAAAAUUCAAUGACCAAGAAGACGACAGCGCACAGGAGGAUGACGAUCUCGAUGAGGACCUCGACUUUUUGGAUACCUCCAAUAUCAUCCACUCUGGACGUCGCACUCGCGGCGUUAAGAUCGACUUUACAAAGGUUCCUCAGGAUGACCUUUCCGAUGAUGAUGAUGAAGAGGACGAGGCUGCUGUCCCCCCAGAGGCUGGAGACGACGAGGAUGAGGAGGACGAUGACGAUGACGAUGACGCUGACGCUGAGGACGAGGAAGAGGAGCGGGAGACCCGAGUGGGCGGAUCAUCUUCAACAUCAACAGAAGUAGCCUCAACAGGAGAGCCCAAAUCGGCAGAAAGCAAUGCAGGGGAUGAGGUAUAAACCACUCCUGUUGCCCAAUGGUGUCUUGAUCUCCUCUU